GCACCCGAGAAGCAAGUGCAGCGCAGUGCAUGGCAGAUAAGUAUGCUGCUUGUCAUGCGUCGUGCCAUGCGGCCGACUCGGGUGGCCUCCCGACAUUUCGGGGCAGCUAGCGGCCUGCAAAGUGUCAAGCCUGGAGCAGAUCCAUUUGACUGGGACAGUGAAGCCGACUGGAAGGACAUGCUGAGACUAGAAAGCCGCUUGAGCGAAGAGGAGGUGAUGAUCAAGAACGCGGCCGCGCAAUUCGCGGAGUCCGAGCUAAUGCCGCAGGUCCUGAAAGGCUUCCGCCAAGAACACUUUGACAAGGGCCUUUUCAAGGCGAUGGGAAGUGCCGGUUUGCUGGGCUCCUUCAUCGAGGGACGUUAUGGCUGUGCGGGCGUCUCUGCAACCUCCUAUGGGUUGAUUGCCCGGGAGGUGGAGAAGGUAGACUCCGCCUACCGCUCCACCCUGUCAGUGCAAUCCUCGCUGGUCAUGCACCCCAUCAAUUUGUUCGGAUCACAGGAGCAGAAGGAGCGGUUCCUUCCGAGACUGGCCUCCGGGGAACUCGUGGGCUGCUUCGGGCUGACCGAGCCAGACCACGGCUCGGACCCCAGCGGAAUGACGACCCGCGCGGUGGACAAGGGGGACCACUUUACGGUCAGCGGGGCCAAGAAUUGGAUCACCAACUCCCCCAUCGCGGAUCUUUGCUUGGUGUGGGCAAAGACUGACACGGACGGCAAGGUCCGAGGUUUUCUGGUGGAGCGGGGCAUGGAGGGCUUGGCCACGCCGAAGAUCGAGGGGAAGUUCUCCCUGCGAGCCUCGCCCACAGGGAUGAUUCAGCUGGAUGAAGUCAAGGUGCCAAAGGGCAACGUACUGCCUGGAGUGGUGGGCAUGCGUGGCCCCUUCGCCUGCCUGAACUCCGCGCGCCUCGGCAUUGCCUGGGGCGCCUGGGGCGCGGCGGAGUCUUGCCUGGACACCACCAGGCGCUACACCUUGGACCGCCAGCAGUUCGGGCGGCCGCUGGCUGCGAACCAGCUCGUUCAGCAGAAGAUGGCCAACGCCCUGACCGAGAUCACGAUUGGGCUGAACUCAGUCCUUCAAGCCACGCGGAUGAAGGAGGCCGGGGAGUUGCACUCGAACGUCAUCUCCAUGAUGAAGCGUAACUCCUGCAGCAAGGCACUGGACAUCGCCCGGAUCUGCCGAGACAUGCUGGGAGGCAAUGGGAUCGUCGACGAGUACCACGUCAUUCGACAUGUGUGCAACCUUGAGGCUGUGAACACCUACGAAGGCACCGCCGACAUCCACUCUUUGGUGCUAGGCCGCGCUCUGACGGGCAUUCCGGCGUUCAAAUGAAUGCCUCGAUUAGAAGCGACAGCGGAGUCCGGGUGCUUGAUUCGGAUUUUG